AAGACCAGAGUGACAAAACCCUAAAAUCGAAACCUCAGACUUUUUACGGGUCUUCGAUUUGAAGACGAAGAAGACCUGAAAGGCCUGAAAGGCUGAAUCCAAGAACCCUAAGAGUCAACAGUAAGUACCAACAAUUUUAUAAUGUCGUUGUCAAAGAGUUCGAAGAUGCUUCAAUUCAUAAACUACCGGAUGCGCGUGACCAUCCAAGACGGUCGCCAGCUGAUCGGAAAAUUCAUGGCCUUUGACCGUCACAUGAAUCUCGUUCUCGGUGACACUGAAGAGUUUCGUAAGCUUCCCCCAGCUAAGGGCAAGAAAAACAACAACAAUGAGGAACGUGAGGACCGUCGCACUCUGGGUCUCGUCCUUCUCAGGGGUGAAGAAGUCAUUUCCAUGACCGUUGAAGGUCCUCCUCCUCCUGAAGAGUCACGUGCAAAGGCCGUCUCCGGCUCUGCUGUUGCUGGUCCCGGUAUUGGCCGUGCCGCUGGCCGCGGAGUCCCCACUGCUCCGCUUGUCCAAGCCCAGCCGGGUCUCGCUGGACCCGUUCGUGGCGUUGGUGGUCCUGCUCCUGCCAUGAUGCAGCCACAGAUCGCCAGGCCACCUGUCAGUUACCCGCCAGCUGCCCCACCUGUGAUUCGUCCGCCUGGUCAGAUGCCUCCAGCUGGAAUGUUUCCGGGACAGGCUACACCACCAAUGGCACGGGGCCCUCCGCAGCCGGUCCCAUCUCCUUUUGGGGUUCGGCCGCCACCCCAGCAGUUCCCGAUGCCUCCACAGCAGUUUGGGGCUCAGAGAUCAAUGGUGCCGCCUCCACCUGGGCCAAUGAUGAGAGGGCCUCCUGCUCCUCCGCCAGCUCGUCCGGGAAUGCCGGGUGCACCUCCUCGUCCGGGGAUGCCUCCACCGCCUGGUGCUUCAAUUCCUGGUUUUGCACCUCGUCCUGGGAUGCCACCACCCCCGGGAAAUCCUCCACGGCAGCAACAGUGAUGGGUGUUGUGAAACUUUUGUAGUGAAGACCUUGAUCUCAACCCAAUGUUCUUGUCACGCGUAAGCUUGCCUUGAGUUUGGCAGUGAUUUAGAAUCACAUGAUUCUCUUUCUCCCCUAGUUGAGGAAUUUGUUGACAGUAUUAUUAUAGAACAAUAUGUAUUGUUUUCAUAGUUUUGGCCAAUGGAAACAAAAAGGGUUUUUCAGACAAAUAGUCUUGCCGUGUAGGUGUUUUAAGCAACUUAUUAUUAUCCUAUUAUUGUGUUUUUGUUAGGAGUUUUCUCUUUCUGUCGCAUUGUUUGACUUGUUGCACUAUAUAAUGAAUAUGCUGCAUUCAUCCUA